UGCAGGCGUUGCUGCUGGCGGAGCAUGCUGCACCUGCUCCUGCUCCUGCUGGGGGCCGCGGGGAGCCCGCCCGACCCGGACCUGCGGGACCUCUGCAGAUACACGUGGGAAGCGGUUGAUACCGAAAAGAAUAUAAGUUACACAGUGAACCUCUGUGGAAGUGUAAAUAUUGCCCAGUGUGGAUUAUCAAGUGCCGUGUGUGCGUAUGACUCAAUGAGAAAAGUCUAUCGUUCAGUAGGUGACUCGUCUUUGAAGAGUAGAUCUAAAUACCUCCUGGAAUUCAACACAACGGCUCCCUGCGUCCAGCAAGGGGCUUCACAUCUGGUGAUGAGUAGCAUCAGCUUCUUGUGUGGAAAAACAUUGGGGACUCCUGAAUUUGUAACAUCAACAGACUGCGGACAUUACUUUGAAUGGAGGACUUCAGCGGUCUGCAAAAAAGACCUCUCCAAAGCGAAAAAGGAGGUGCCAUGCUAUGUGUUCGAUGAAGAUUUAAGGAAACAUGACUUAAAUCCCUUAAUCAAGCUAUCUGGUGGAUAUUUGGUGGAUGACUCAGAUGCUGAUAUGGAGUUGAUCAUUAACAUUUGCAGAGACAUAGGUGGUUUAAGUGAAGAGACACGCUCUUGUCCCCAGGGGAGUGCCGCCUGCCUGAUUAAAGCGGGUCACAGCUAUGACGUCGGUCGACCGCAAGAAGGACUGAAACUCUUCGGCAGAGACAGACUUGUUCUAAGUUAUUUGAAAGACGAUGAAGAAAGUAAGCCAGAUUUCUGCAACGGCCAUAAUCCAGCAGUGACCAUUACAUUUAUAUGCCCGUCAGGGAGAAUAGAGGGCACAGCUCCCAAGCUCACAGCUAAAUCCAACUGCCGAUAUGAGGUGGAAUGGGUCACUGAAUACGCCUGCCAUAGGGAUUAUUUGGAAAGUAAUUCCUGCUAUCUAAAUAGCAGCCAGCAUGAUAUCUCUAUAGAUCUGAGUCCUCUCACCCAGCUAAAAGAGUCCGGCGAUCCAUACUUUGCUACCGAUGAUAAAGAAUAUCUCUAUUAUCUGAACGUGUGCGGCACCACGGAAGCCCGCGUGUGCAGUGGCAAAGAAGCCGCCGUUUGCCAAGUGAAGAAGGGCAGACAGGAUCAAGUCAAAGUGACUGGGAAAUACCAAAAUCAGACCCUCAGGUACUCUGACGGCGAUCUCACUCUGAUUUAUCCAAACGGAGAGACCUGCAGCUCGGGAUUUCAGCGGAUGACUAUUAUAAACUUCGAAUGCAAUCAAACAGCAGGAAACAAUGGAAAGGGAGCCCCAGUUUUCACUGGGGAAGUGGACUGCACGUACUUCUUCUCCUGGGAGACCAAGUAUGCUUGCGUUAAGGAGAAAGAAGACCUGCUUUGUAGCAUCUCUGAGGGCAAGAAGCAUUAUGAUUUGUCUCCCCUGGUUCGUAACUCAGAACCCGAACAGAACUGGGAAGCUGUUGAUGGAAGCCUGGAGGGAUUUAGGAAGAAGCAGAUUUUCAUUAAUAUCUGCCACAGAGUGCUUCAGGAAGGCGGAGCUGAGGGAUGUGCUGAAGAUGCAGCUGUGUGUUACGUGGAUAAAAAUGUUAAAAAAAAUCUGGGCAAGUUUGUGUCUUCUCCUUCAAAGAGCGGCAACAACAUCCAACUGACGUACGUAGACGGCGAUGACUGUGGGCAAAACAGGAAGACCCAGAGCAUUGUAACACUGAUAUGCAAGCCAGGUGACCUAGAGAGCGCUCCGGUUUUGAUGAGCUCCGGGGACGACUGCUUGUAUGAGUUCGAAUGGCGCACGGCUGCCGCUUGUGUGCUGUCCAAAGCCGAAGGAGACGACUGCAAAGUUUUCGACUCGCAGGCCGGGUUUUCUUUUGAUUUGUCACUUCUGACGAAGAAAACUGGGAGCUACCUAGCUGAAACAGACAAGUACAAGUUUCUCAUCAACGUCUGUGGCCCUGUAUCUGAAAACUCCUGCCCACCGAACUCUGGAGCGUGUCAGAUAGAUAAGAGUUCCAAGAAAGCCUGGAGUCUCGGAGCCAGCAGCUCCAAACUCUCCUAUUAUAAUGGGAUGAUUCAGUUGAGCUACAAGGAUGGGACGCCGUAUAAUAACGACCAACACACCCCGCGGGCCACGCUCAUUACUUUCCUGUGCGAUCGAGAUGCCGGCGCUGGCCGCCCCGAAUACCAGGAAGAAGAUAACUCCACCUACAAUUUCCGGUGGUUCACCAGUUACGCCUGCCCCGAGGAGCCGGUGGAAUGUAUGGUGACUAACCCAAGCACCUUGGAGCAAUAUGAUCUUUCAAGCUUAUCAAAGUCUGAAGCCAGCGGCGGAAGUAACUGGUAUGCGCUGGACAAACCGGAGGAACCUAGUAGGUGGAAAAAGUACUACAUAAACGUUUGUCGGCCUUUGAAUCCCGUCCCGGGCUGUGACCGCAACGCCUCGGCCUGUCAGAUGACGUACACCAAAGAUCACGAUGUGGCCACCGAAGUAGUUUCGAUCAGUAACCUAGGGGUGGCAAAGCAAGGCCCGACAAUCGAGAGCACCGGCACCCUCCUUCUGGAGUAUGGCAACGGUACCGCCUGUACUGAUGCCAGUGGCCGUGCCUCCACUUACACGACAAGAAUCCAUCUCGUCUGUUCCCGGGGGAGCCUGAAUAGCCACCCGGUGUUUGUUCUCAAUCAAGAGUGUGUGGUCUCCUUCGUGUGGGAUACUGAAGCUGCCUGUCCAGUUGCCACAAGCAAAGAUGAAAUUCAAGCCUGCGCUGUGAGAGACCCGAACAGUGGAUUUUUGUUUAAUCUUGACUUGUUGGCUGAUCCCAAAGGAUAUAUGGUUAUUGGCAAUGGAAAGACUUUUGGGUUUAACAUCUGUGGAACACUGUCCGCUUGUGGAACUGUAGAUGGGAAACAAUUUUCAGGCUGCGAAGCAAGCACACAGUCGAAAGAUCUGAAAGACCUGAAGCCAGAUAGAUUAGUUGGUCCCAGUAGAAGUUUGCAGUUAUCCACAGAGGGUCAUAUAACCCUGACCUACAAAGGACCGCUUUUAGACACAAAAGGUGCUUCCGACACAUUCGAGAUACGUUUCACCUGCAACGACGAUCUGUAUCCUGGAACCCCCAAAUUCCUGCGUCAGGAAAUUAAUUCAGCUUUAGGGAUCCACGAUACCUUCUUUGAAUUUGAAACCGCCUUAGCCUGUGUGCCUUCCCCAGUAGACUGCCAAGUCGUUGAUCUUUCCGGGAACGAAUAUGAUUUAAGUGGCUUGAGCAAAACGACGGAUCCUUGGAUUGCUCUGGACACCUCCGCUGAUGCCAGAAGGAGAACUUUCUACUUGAACGUUUGCAAUCCCCUGCCGUAUAUCCCAGGCUGUCACGGCGGUGCAGUAGGAUCUUGUCUGAAAGUGGGGGACCGAGCCCAGAAUCUGGGAGUGGUCCAAAUAAGUCCUCAGGCUGCCGCCGACGGGUCCCUGAGCGUCGUGUACCUGAACGGGGACGUGUGCAGGGGGGAUCAGCGCUUCUCCACCAGAAUUAUCUUCGAGUGCGAUCAGACCCCGGGGUCCCCCGUUUUUCAAAGGCAAGAUGACUGUGAAUUUGUAUUCAUCUGGAGGACGGAAGAAGCAUGUCCUGUUCGCCGAGCAGAAGGUGACAACUGUGCCGUGAAAGAUCCCCGCUACAACUACGUGUACGACCUGAAGCCCCUGGCCGAGAAAGACAUGCUGGUGAAGGCGGGUGAAUACAACUACCAUUUCCGUGUCUGCGGAGGACUUUCGGCAGAGGUGUGCAAUCCAGGACCCCCCCCCUCCAAGCAGGUGUCAUCGUGCCAAGAAAAGACGGGUCUCAAAGACUUUCAGAAGAUCGCAGGAUUGCUCACUCAGAAGCUGACGUUUGAAAAUGGCUUAAUUAAGAUUAACUACACCGGUGGGGAGAAAUGCCACCAGGUGUACGAGCGCUCUACAGCCAUAUUUUUCUACUGUGAUCACAGCACUCAGCAGCCGGUGUUUCUGAAGGAGACUUCAGAAUGCUCCUACUUAUUUGAGUGGGGAACCCAGUACGCCUGUCUGCCUUUUAAGUGGAUGACGUGUUCCUACAAAGACCCAGAAGGGAACUCCUAUGAUCUGUCACCUCUGUCCCGAUACAAGGACAACUGGGAAGCGGUUACGGGCACUGGAGUCACCCAGCGGUUUUUCAUCAACAUCUGCAAGUCUCUGUCUCCCCAGGCUGGCAAAGAAACGUGUCCUUCCGAUGCGGCUGCCUGCCUGGUGGAGGGGUCUAAUCGCGUGAACCUCGGGGAGCUCCUGUCUGGCCCUCAGUGGAGCAGCGACACUGCGGUUCUGAAAUACGUCAACGGAGACCCGUGUCCGGACGGGGUUCGCAGGAAGUCCACGACGAUCCGCUUCAAGUGCAGUGAAAAUCAAGUCGAUUCUAAGCCCAUGUUUAUCAGUGCGGUGGAAGGUUGCGAGUAUACUUUCUCGUGGCAAACGGCAGCCGCCUGCGCUCUGAAAAGCAACGUCCAGGACAACUGUCAAGUCACUAAUCCCGCGACAGGCUACGUCUUUGACCUGAACUCUUUGAAGAGAGAAUCUGGCUACACCAUUUCUGAUAUCAGGAAAGGAUCCAUUCGCUUAGGGGUGUGUGGCGAAGUCAAAGACUGUGGGCCCGGAAUCGGGGCCUGCUUUGAAGGAACUGGAAUCAAAGCUGGAAAGUGGAACCAGAAACUGUCUUACGUGGAUCAGGUCUUACAGCUUGUUUAUGAGGAUGGAGAUCCCUGCCCCGCAAAUUUGCACCUCAAGUACAAAAGUGUUAUUAGUUUUGUGUGCAAAUCUGACGCGGGGCCAACUUCUCAGCCUCUGCUUCUGUCCGUGGACGAACACACUUGCACCCUCUUUUUCUCUUGGCACACGUCAUUGGCCUGUGAGCAAGAGGUAAUGUGUUCGGUGAAGAAUGGAAGCUCCGUUAUCGAUCUCUCUCCUUUGAUCCAUCGAACAGCCGGUUACGAAGCGUACAAUGAAAACGAUGACGUUUCCGACACCACCCCGGAUUUCUAUAUCAAUAUUUGCCAACCUCUCAAUCCGAUCCCGGGCGUGAAAUGCCCUCCUGGCUCUGCCGUCUGCAAGGUUCCUGUCGACGGCGACCCCAUUGAUAUCGGCCGCAUUACUGGCCCACCAACCCUCAACGUGGCUGCUGAUGAAAUUUACAUCACUUUCGACAGCACUACCCCGUGCUCAUCAAACGAAACUGUCAACUAUUCUUCCCUCAUAGUAUUUCACUGUAAGAGAGGACUAGACGUGGGGUCCCCCAAAAUGUUAAGGAGCACCGACUGUGACUUCGUGUUCGAGUGGAGCACCCCGUUCGUGUGCCCGGAUGCAGUGAAAACCACAGGCUGCUCGGUGACGGACGAGCAGCUCCGCUACAGCUUCAAUUUGUCCGGGCUCUCGGGAAAAGUAGCCCAGGUAACUUCUGGAUCCAAUACGUACCACAUCGGGGUGUGUGCGGCGCCAGCCUACAGACCCCAAGGGACCUGCCGAGACGGAGCGGUGUGUUUGGCUUCAGAUCAGCGGGGUUGGUCUUUCGGAAAGCUGAACUCCAUGACGCUGGAUUACAGCCGUCAGGAUGAGACCGUCAUUUUAAGAUACACCGACGGGGAUCCGUGUUCUCCAGAAACCGAAGACGGCGACACCUGUGUCUUCCCUUUCACGUACAACGGAAAGAGCUAUGAGGAAUGCACUGCGGAAGGAAGAACUAAGGCAUGGUGUGCCACUACUCCUAACUACGACAGAGAUCAUAAAUGGGGAUUUUGCCGCCCCUCAACGAGCUCUAGAGCAGCGGCGAUUUUGUUCAGAUGCGACGAAAGCGCCGGCAUCGGGAGCCCCCAAAUCUUCAGCGAGACCCCCGGCUGCGCGGUGACGUUUGAGUGGAAGACCCAAGUUGUCUGCCUGCCGAAGAAGAUGAAAUGCAAGUUCGUUGAAAAGCACAAGACGUACGACCUGAGGAUCCUGUCUUCCCUUACCGGGUCUUGGCUCUUCGCCCAGGAUGGCACCACGUACUAUGUUAAUCUGUGCCAGAGCAUAUACAAAGGACCGGAUGGUUGUCCCGAAAGGGCCAGCAUUUGCAAAAAGAGUUUAAGCGGUCCUGCCGAAGCCUUAGGACUUGUGCACACGCAGAAGCUGGGAGUGACAGGUGACAGAGUUCUGGUAACUUAUUCCAGUGGCCACGCGUGUCCAGCCAGUGGCACGUCAACGGCCACCACGGUCAUUGAGCUGAAAUGCGCAAAUACGGUUGGCAAGCCCGCAUUUCUCAGGUUUGAUGCCUCCAAUUGUACCUAUCACAUCCUGUGGGAAACAAGGGCAGCCUGUGCCGUGAAGCCACAGGAGGUGGAAAUGGUGAACGGGACUAUCCGAAAUCCUACAAAUGGCAAACAUUUCAGCCUGGGAGACGUUUAUUUCAAAUUAUUCAAUGCCUCUGGGGAUAUCAGACCAAAUGGCGACAAGUAUCUUUACGAGAUCCAGCUUUCUUCGAUCUCCAACUCCACAAAUCCAGCUUGCUCUGGGGCCAACAUAUGCCAGGUGAAAACAACUGACCGCUACUUUAGGAAAGUUGGAUCUUCCAAUACAACCAAGUACUACGUUCAGGAUGACGACUUGGAUGUCGUGUUUGCCUCUUCGUCCAAGUGUGGCAAAGAUACAUCGAAAUUCGUCUCCUCUACUAUCUUUUUCCACUGUGACCCAAUGGUGAAAGAAGGCAUUCCCGAAUUUCUUCAUGAAACAGCCGACUGCCAAUACCUCUUUUCUUGGUACACCUCUGCAGUGUGUCCUUUAAGAAACCCUGGCUUUGUCGACCCUGAAGGAGUUCAGCCGGGAGGAGGUGGGCAGGAACACAGGGGCCUUUCUGGGAGAAGCCAAGCCAUUGGAGCUAUCCUGAGUCUUCUCCUCGUGGUUCUCACAGUCUGCCUCCUGAUCCUGUUACUUUACAAGAAAGAAAGAAGGGAAACUGUGAUGCACAAGAUCACCAACUGUUGCAGGAGAGGUUCAAACGUAUCCUACAAAUACACAAAGGUGAACACGGAAGAGACAGAGGAAAAUGAAACGGAGUGGCUUAUGGAAGAAAUCCAGCCGCCGCCUCCAAGGCCAAGCAAGGAAGGGCAAGAAAACGGCCACAUCACCACCAAGUCCGUGACGGCGGACGCCUUCACCUCCCUGCACGUGGACGACCAGGACAGCGAGGACGAAGUGCUGACCGUCCCGGAUGUGAAGGUUCACCCCGGGAAGGGACCUCGGCCGGGCGAGACGGAGAGGCCCACCCGGAACACGCAGCGGAAGGCCCCCCGGCCCCAGGAGGACGACACGGUGGGCUUGCUCAACGGGCAGAAGGAAUGGAGAGGGAAACUUAAGAUAGGACCCCAACGGGCCCAGAACUCUGUCGCCUCAUUUCACGACGACAGCGACGAGGAUCUGUUAAACAUUUAAAAGUCCCGCCCCCGGGGAGGAUUCAUCGGUCGGCGAGAGAGCAUCACCAACCAAAUCCGAAGACUCGUUCGAGGGUUUUGCCUUUAACGAGGACACGUUCAAAAGGGAAAAAGUUGCCUGGGUAGGGUGGGGGUAGAAAGGGAAAGAAUUGAUGCGUAUAUGAAAGUCAUUGUUCCAAUUGGCCAAAUCACGUCGGUAUUCGCUGGGGCCGGGGAUUCCCGACUCCCAAAUCCAGAACUUAAAAAGCACGGGCACCCGAUGCCUGUGAACGCUGUAACCGGCAAAUACACGCGCUCUGACGGUGGGCUUUGAUUUGAGAAAAACUGCUGCCACCGCAGAUCAUUUCAAGUAUUUGACUGCUAGCGUUUUAACCAUCUCCCUCUAUUUAUUGAUUCUGACGAUUACUCAGGUUUGCUGAAAUUCCAGCAGCACGUUCUUCCUGCCGGCAGGGGGGCAUUUGAAAAGGAAAAGGCGGAGAGAUCCGUGCGUUGGGCUGGUUUGGUGUAAAUCUUUGGGAAUUGGCCUCCGAUUGCUCCUUGAGCAAGUGGGAAUCACCCUCCGUUCUGGGUCUCCCCAUCCAACCACCAAACACAAGCAGAAAAGACAUCCCGUACGGCAUGGGACAACAGCGGUCGCUGCUCUUUGCAUGAUAUUCUCGAUAACGGGCAAACAGAGCCAACUUCCUCAUGAGUAUUUCCCAGCCUGCUGAUUAAAUCCAAGCGAUCCGCCCACCAGCUCACCCCAAAGAUUUCUCGCCGAGUUGGAACUCAAGGAGUCACAGCCCAGAGCAGUCACCAGGUCUCCUCCUUCCGUGGAUGCCGGUGAUUUUCUCGGCUUCCCCAGAAUUCCUCUUCUCCUGCCCGAUCUUAAUUUUAAAAGGAAAAAAAAAAUAAAGACUCUUUAAGUCAUCGGAGAUCCACAGAAGCCUUAAUUUGCACAACAUUUAUCUCUACGGGACUGUUUGCAUGAAGAAAAUCCACGGGCCAAAAUCGUUUCGGUCGAUUGACACGUCGACUCAAGGGGCAGAAGCCAGAGUUGUUUCUAAGAGCGGCCAGAAAGGACUAGAAGUAAUGAAGCCCUUCCCAGUAGCUGCCAACUUCUUUCCUCGAGUGUUUCCUGAAUUUCCUUCUGAGAAGCUCAUCUGGCCUCAUCAAACUGUACCUGAAACUCUGGAUUUCAAACCCCAGGAAACUAAAGAGCCUCGGGAUGUACCAUUUGGCUGGCUUGUUCGGUUUCGACUUACUUUAUUUUAUAAGAUUGAUUUCCUCCCUCAUUUUUUUUGAAUCAAAUCUCUGUAAUAUAAAGCCUUCAAGUUUCAAUAAAAGAUAAAUUAUUAA